GCUCGUUCGCUCUAGACGUGUGUGUGUGUCGUGGCAUUUCUCUGUGCGUCGUUUCUUCUAUGUCUUGUAGUUGCAACAAAUGAAGAGCUUUUCAUCUGUUGAACACUAAGUUUUAAUCGGUUGCCCAUUAAAAGGGAACUCUUCCAUAAAAGUCUCGGUGCAGUGUCCUCAAAAAAGUGAACAACCUCUAAAAAUUGUCUAUCAACUGUGCAACAACUGAUCGAAAUAAUAAAUCCAAAAGUUGUCAAAGUGAAUUUGUGUGCAAAGAAAGUUUUGCUGAUUGGAAAAAAAAAACAAAAGUACCGUAAAAGCUUUACAGGAAUUACUAUAGCUUUCAAUUUCUGAAAAAUAUCGCAACACCUACUUAACUAAUGAAUGAGUCUAUAUAGACAGCAUGUUAAUUUUAAAAUAUGACAAAAUGCAGCACCAGCUGUGGCUUCUAAUACUAUUCCUCUUAACCCUAGAGGGCCCUAGGAAUACAAGGGCCCUGAUGAGCACUUACCAAGCUCAGUCCAACUAUGAACUAUUGGAAAAUGAUUCGCGUUAUAUAUCAUAUCAAGAUUUAAUGUCAUCAGCCAAACGAUUCUACGACCCCGAAACGACUUGGUAUUCCGAGGUGCUAUACGAUGUGUCCAGAAAUCAAAUUAUUGUCGGUGCUAGAGACACCUUGUACCGCAUGUCAUUCGACUUGGUGCCGCUGGAGCGGGCCAGCUGGGAGGCGACGCCAGAGAAGAUAUUCAUGUGCCAGCAGAAAGGCCAGUCGGAGCGAUGGUGUCGCAACUAUGUGCGCGUGCUCCACAGCUAUGGUGAGAACCAACUGUACGCGUGUGGGACGAACGCCUUCCAGCCAAGCUGCUCAUGGCGCCAGAUGGAAAACCUCACAGUCACCGAGUUUGACGAUGGUGUCGUCAAGUGCCCCUUCCAUCCGCAGGCAAACAGCACCAGCCUCUUGCAGUCCAAUGGCAAUAUGUUCGUCGGCACAGCCACUGACUUCUCCGGUAGCGAUGUGGCCAUCAUUCGCUCUCCCGCCCAAUCCCAAGGGGCGGAUCGUCAGCGCUUCCUGCGCACUAAGCAGUACAACAACAAGUGGCUGAAUGGAGCACAGUUUGUGGGUAGCUUUGAGGCUGGCAACUUUGUCUAUUUUCUGUUACGCGAAUCGGCUUUGGAGCACAUGAGCUGUGGCAAGGCAAUCUAUUCCCGCAUUGCGCGUGUCUGCAAGAACGAUGCUGGCGGGGAUCAAGUUCUGCGCGACAAUUGGACAUCGUUUCUGAAGGCGCGUCUCAAUUGCUCGCUGCCUGGAGAUUACCCAUACUACUUUGACGAGAUCCAAGGCAUGACCUAUUCCGAAUCGGAGAAUGUGCUCUACGCCACCUUUAGCACAACGGGUUCAAGCAUCUUUGGGUCGGCUGUGUGUGCCUACAAUCUGAGCGCCAUUAACGAUGCCUUCGAGGGCGCCUUUAAGGUGCAGGACCACACGAAUGCCGCCUGGGAAACAGUGAAUACGCCGCAGCGCAGUCAAUUCCAAUGCGCAAGCGGUGCUAGCGGAGCCGCCGAAUUUGGCCGUCUGCUGGAGAGCUCACGUUAUCAGCUCAUGGAUCAGGCCGUUCAACCGAUUGGCGCCGAACCCUUGUAUCACUCUAGGCUGGAGCGCUUCAAGCACAUUGCGCUGGAUGUGGUGCAGACCAAGACAGAGCAGCUGCAUGUGCUCUUCGUCUCGAGCAGCGGCAAUCACAUCAAGAAGCUAACCGUGAAAUAUGGAAAGGAACAAAACAAAGUGCAGACAUGUCUUGUGGAGCUGUGGCAGGCAGACGAUACGGGUAGCACGGCCUUGCUGCACAUGUCGUUCCUCAAGGUGACCGAAUCCUUGUAUCUGGGCACGGAUCUGGCGCUCACACGCAUUCCCGCCCAGCGUUGCAGUCGUCACGUAUCGCAAUCAAGUUGCUUCAAUGCCAUGGAUCCGUAUUGCGGGUGGAACGAGCUUGUCGAGCGUUGCACGCCACUCGAUCCGACCGUGCAACAGCCGUGGCUGCAGCCGAGCACCUUUAGUUGUCCCGUACUCAAUGCACCCAUCGAUGGCGGCUGGUCCGCCUGGUCGGAGUGGCAGGAUUGCCAGCAGCACGAGGAGCCGGACAGCAACUGUUUGUGUAGGCAGCGCAACUGCAACAAUCCGCAGCCACAGCACGGAGGCGUCGGCUGCGAGGGCAUCAGCACACAGGUGACGAACUGCACCCAGCAUGGCGGCUGGACGGAUUGGUCGGCCUGGUCGCCCUGCUCCCAAAGCUGUGGCAUUGCUGUGAAGACGCGACGACGCAGCUGCGGCAACCCGCGCCCCGCGCAUGGCGGUCGCAUGUGCCUUGGCUCGGAGCAUGCCGAGAUGUACUGCAGUCAUCUGCCGCCGUGCCCAGUGGCCAAGCCACAGGCUGUGGACGGUGCUUGGGGUCCGUGGGGAGAGUGGAGCGAGUGCAGCGCGCAGUGCGGCGGCGGUUUUCGCAUGCGACGUCGCGAAUGUGAUGAUCCUAAGCCGUUGAAUGGAGGUCUGGACUGUCCGGGAUGUCGCUUGGACUAUGAAGACUGCAACAUGCAGAGCUGCGCCGAGGUGCGCAAGUUUAGUUCCUGGACACCUUGGCUGACGGCCAGCGCUGGCAAUGCCACUGAACCACAGGUGGAGAAACGUUAUCGCUACUCCUGUCGGGCCACGACUGCUGAUGCCAGCUCCGUGAAGAUUAAUAUGGUCAAGGAGGAGACACGCAAUUGUCGCGCUGAUGGCAGCUGUCAGCGAAUGAAUGAACACGAAGCGAACUCGGAAUCAGACUCGGACUGGUCGCCUUGUAGUGUCAGUUGUGGCGGCGGCAGUCAGCAUCGUCAACGUGGACGCAAUCUGCAGAAUCGCGCCUGCAAUCUACAGCCUUGUCCCUCGGAUACCGAGCAACAGCCGGACAACAGCAUCGACACACAGCUGGAGCACGAAUGGAGCUGCUGGUCAGAAUGGUCGAGCUGUUCGGUGAGCUGUGGCCUGGGACUGCGACGACGCACCCGAAAAUGUCUGGGUGGGCACGAGCGACUCUGUGCGGGACGCGCGAUUGAGGAGCAAAAGUGCGAACAAGUGCCCUGCGAAGACUUUUUGGGCUGGAGCAAAUGGAGCGAGUGGUCUGCGUGUUCCAGCGAUGGCAUUCGACUGCGCCAUCGUCGCUGCGAAGUGGAGCAGCCUUCGGGCUUAGAAUGCCGAGGCGCCGAGUUCGAGAAGACCGCCUGCGUGCCCGGCGAAUGCGAUGAAGUGCAAACUGGCUCAAGCGCCACCUUGCCCGUCGUCAUCUGUGUGUUGUUGCUGUUUACAGCGGGCUGCUGCCUGGUCACCUAUCAUCUGACGCGACGUCGCUUCCUGCUUAGCGUGGAGGAGGCGCUCAACAAGACGACGACGACGACGGCCAGCUUCGACACGUAUCCCAAUCAGUAUUCCAGUCUGCCCACCAAGGAUUACUAUGAGCAGCGACCCAAGCGUCAGAGUAGCUUCCGCAUGCCAGCCAAGACCAGUAAUAUUGGCAACGGGACUCUCAAUCGCAACAACAUGCAUCACAACAACACGCCCAAGGUGUUGGCCAAGACCUACAAUGACUGUGAGACGGGCACGCUGAAACGCCAGUCGGCGCUCAACAAUUGUCGACAGCAGAACAUUGACGAUGAAAAGUUUUAGCCAAGCAUCUAACAGUCUUUAUUGAUUUACGGAUGUGAUCCCCCCAAUAUUAGUGCCAUUGUUGCCUGCCUGAAUUCAAGUGUUAUACUGACAACGAAUGUCUUUUGCACAGUGCUUGCAAAAAGUUCCUUCUCUGACUCAUAUUGAGUCGUUCGAUAAGUUAUAUGCAUACAUAUGUACAUACAAAGAUAUGUAUAUCAGAUCUACAUACAUAUGUUCUAUGUUCUCGUUUAGAUAGAUUUUAUCAAGCAAUACGUAAUAUUUUGUACAAAAUUUCAAUGUUUGUAAAGUUUUGUUUUAUAUUUUCUAAAUUUUAUUUCCAAAUCACAUACUACUUUAAGUCGCAUUAUUCUAAUUGUAAUCUGUUUUUUAGAAUCAUAUGUAAGGCGAGACUGAAUGUUAAAUUUCUUUAGAUAUUUGCGCCCAUCCCAAAAUUAAUGCCAUGCAAGCAAAAUCGAGAAACGUAUAAUUUAUCAUCUUGUAAAGUUCAAUACGCUAAGAUAGUAUAUAAGCCAAUCAAUGUGCAAAUUGCAUUUUUUUAUAAA